GAUUAAUAAAACAACUAAAAACUACUUACAUAGAAUCAUCAACAACAACGAUCUCACUUCUUCCUCAGUUCCGUUUCACAUUUUCUUCAGUGUGUCACCGAACUCCCUCCGUUAAACCCUAAUCUCCCAUAAUUCAUCACCACAAUCUCAAUCAAACACAUCACUAUGACCACCACUCCAUAACCGUCUGAUCAUCAGAUCAAACAAAACUCAAAAUGUCAUGGGGAUUAGGCUGGAAACGGCCGUCGGAAAUCUUCCGUCUAACGCUAAACUACGGAACGGAAGAAAACGAAGACGAUCUCAACCGUUCAUCAACGUCCUCGUCAGGAUCAGGAUCAGGAUCAGGAUCCUUCUCGUCAUCAUCGCCGACAGCUUUAACGCCGUCCUCUCCACCGCCGCUCGAUCAAGAUCCCGGAUUACGAAUCGAUUUAGACUGGACGGCCGCCGACGACGAAGAGCAGGUGGCGUUGCGGUUACAGUCUCAGCUAAUGGUGGCGUUGCCUCUGCCGCAGGAUUGCGUGACGGUGAAUUUGAAUGUCGAUGAAGAGAGGGAGAAUGUGGAGGUGGAAAUGAAGGUUAUUAAGAGGAGAGAGCCGUUGCGAGGGAUGAUAUUGAGCAAAACAACGGCGUCUAGUCAACAGAGUGACGGUGGUGUAGGGAUUUUGACGAGGCUGUUGAGGUGUAAUUUGGUUACUACUGAUGGUGUUGGUAUUGGUGAGCAUUGGAAGAAUGUUACUCUGCUUAGCCUCUGCGCUUGCGGUUUAUCAGUAUUGCCAGCUGAGUUAAUUGGAUUGCCACUACUUGAGAAGCUGUAUCUUGAUAAUAAUAAGCUUUCCGUUUUGCCACCAGAGCUUGGUGAAUUAAAAACACUGAAAGUUCUCACUGUGGAUUACAACACACUGGUUUCUGUCCCCGUUGAACUGAGGCAGUGUGUGGGACUGGUGGAAUUGUCACUGGAACACAACAAGCUUGUUCGGCCUCUUCUUGAUUUCAGGGCUAUGGCUGAGUUGCAAAUUCUUAGGCUGUUUGGUAAUCCUUUGGAGUUCCUCCCUGAAAUUCUACCGCUACGUAAACUUCGCCACUUGUCUGUUGCUAAUAUCAGGAUUGUUGCUGACGAGAAUUUAAGAUCAGUGAAUGUACAGAUAGAGAUGGAGAACAGUUCUUAUUUUGGUGCAUCUCGACACAAACUGAGUGCCUUCUUUUCUCUUAUAUUCCGCUUUUCUUCAUGUCAUCAUCCUUUGCUGGCAUCUGCAAUGGCAAAGAUAAUGCAAGACCAAGGAAAUCGUGCUGUUGUUGGUAAAGAUGAGAAUGCAGUGCGGCAGCUUAUUAGCAUGAUAAGUAGUGACAAUCAACAUGUGGUAGAACAAGCAUGCUCUGCUCUAUCCUCUCUUUCUGGAGAUGUUUCUGUCGCGAUGCAGUUGAUGAAAUGUGACAUAAUGCAACCAAUUGAAUCAGUAUUGAAAUCAGUUGCAGAGGAAGAAGUAAUUUCUGUGUUGCAAGUUGUAGCCACUUUGGCCUUUGCUUCUGAUACUGUAGCUCAAAAGAUGCUUACCAAGGAUAUGUUGAAGUCAUUGAAAAUGUUAUGUGCCCAUAAAAAUCCAGAAGUGCAAAGGUUAGCUUUAUUAGCAGUUGGAAAUUUGGCUUUCUGCUUGGAGAAUCGGCGCAUCUUGGUCACCUCAGAAAGUUUGCGAGAUCUUCUGUUGCGGUUGACAGUUACAUCUGAGCCACGUGUAAAUAAAGCAGCAGCUCGUGCAUUGGCUAUUCUUGGAGAAAAUGAAAAUCUGCGACGUGCAAUUAGAGGAAAACAAGUAGCAAAGCAAGGCCUGCGCAUUCUUGCUAUGGAUGGAGGCGGAAUGAAAGGUCUAGCCACUGUGCAAAUCCUUAAAGCAAUUGAAAAGGGAACUGGAAAGCGUAUACAUGAGAUGUUUGAUCUUAUAUGUGGCACCUCAACGGGUGGGAUGCUGGCGGUUGCUCUCGGUAUCAAGUUGAUGACGUUGAGCCAAUGUGAAGAAAUAUAUAAAAAUCUUGGAAAGCUUGUCUUUGCUGAACCUACACCAAAGGACAAUGAAGCUGCUAGUUGGAGAGAAAAGUUGGACCAGCUUUACAAAAGUUCAUCACAGAGUUUUAGAGUUGUGGUACAUGGAUCUAAACACAGUGCAGAUCAGUUUGAGAGGUUGUUGAAGGAAUUGUGUGCUGAUGAGGAUGGAGACCUAUUGAUAGAAUCGGCAGUGAAAAACAUUCCCAAAGUUUUUGUUGUGUCAACUCUAGUUAGUGUGAUGCCAGCUCAACCAUUUGUAUUUCGCAAUUAUCAGUACCCUGCUGGAACACCCGAGGUGCCCUUGGCAAAUUCAGAAGGUUCAGGGAUCACUGUGUUGGGAUCACCUACUAUUGGUGCACAAGUUGGCUAUACACGCAGUGCUUUUAUUGGGAGCUGUAAGCAUCAUGUUUGGCAGGCUAUAAGAGCAUCAUCUGCAGCUCCAUAUUAUCUUGAUGACUUCUCGGAUGAUGUGAAUCGCUGGCAAGAUGGUGCUAUAGUGGCAAAUAAUCCUACCGUAUUUGCCAUAAGGGAAGCACAACUUUUAUGGCCUGACACAAAAAUCGAUUGUUUGGUUUCUAUUGGCUGUGGUUCUGUUCCGACAAAGGUGAGGAAAGGCGGGUGGCGUUAUCUGGACACAGGGCAAGUUUUAAUUGAGAGCGCUUGCUCAGUUGAUCGAGUGGAGGAAGCUUUGAGCACGUUGCUACCCAUGCUUCCUGAAAUACAAUACUUUCGGUUUAAUCCAGUUAAUGAACGUUGUGAUAUGGAGCUGGACGAGACUGAUCCAGCAGUCUGGCUGAAGUUGGAAGGUGUAGUUGCUGAAUAUAUCCAAACUAAUUCAGAAGCCUUUAAGAAUGUUUGUGACAGACUACUCUUGCCUUAUCAACACGAUGAUAAAUUCUCUGAGAAUUUAAGGAAUCAGAAAUUCUCCAAGGCGAAGGUAGCAAAUUCAGAUGGGAAUAGUCCUUCAUUGGGUUGGAGGCGCAGUGUACUACUAGUUGAAGCUCUGCAUAGCCCCGAUUCAGGCAGAGUCAUGCACCAUGCUCGGGCACUGGAAUCAUUUUGCACCCGCAGUGGACUCAGAUUAUCUCUUAUGCUUGGGGCAUCCGGAAUCUCAAAGAAAUUGCCAGCAACAACUUUCCCAUCACCAUUUGCUUCACCGCUGAUUACUGGAAGUUUCCCAUCAAGCCCACUUCUAUUUAGUCCUGAUUUUGGCCCACAUAGGAUGGGUCGAAUCGACAUGGUCCCGCCUUUAAGCUUGGAUGGCAAGAAUGCUGCAUCACCGCCUAGGUCUCCUUCAGGGCGCAGACAAUUUUCUUUACCUGUUCGGUCAUUGCAUGAAAAGUUACAAAAUACCGCACAAGUUGGAAUUGUACAUCUAGCCCUUCAAAAUGAUGCAAUUGGUUCAAUAUUAAGUUGGCAGAAUGAUGUAUUUGUUGUUGCCGAACCAGGAGAACUUGCUGAUAAGUUUCUCCAAAGUGUUAAAUCUAGCUUGCUAUCAAUGAUGCGCAGUCGCCGCAGAAAGAUUCCAUCUGUUGUUGCUAAUAUUUCAAGUGUUUCUGAUCUGGUUCGAUAUAGACCUUACUUCCAAGUUGGAAACGUUGUCCAUCGCUAUAUUGGACGACAGACACAGGUUAUGGAGGAUGACCAAGAAAUUGGGGCAUUUAUGUUUCGGAGAACAGUUCCUUCUAUGCAUUUAACACCUGAUGAUGUUCGCUGGAUGGUUGGAGCUUGGAGGGAUAGGAUUAUAAUUUGUACAGGGAUGUUCGGGCCUAUUCCAACUUUAAUUAAGGCAUUUUUAGAUUCUGGUGCAAAAGCUGUUAUCUCCCCAUCUGCAGAACCUCCAGAAAUUCCCGUGACAUCCCAUGGAUCGGAGGAUUUCCAUGUUCCGGAAAAUGGGAAGUUUGAAAUCGGAGAUGAAGAGGCAGAGGAUGAGGAGACAGAGCCUGCAAGUCCAAGGAGUGAUUGGGAAGAUAGUGAUCUCGAGAAGAACGGGGACCUUUGUGUCGGUUUUUGGGAUGACGAAGAAGAGGAGUUAUCACAGUUCGUCUGUCGGUUAUAUGACUCGUUGUUUCAAGAAGGGGCGAAAGUUGAUGUAGCUCUACAAAAUGCUCUUGCUUCACAUCGGAGGCUGAGGUAUUCUUGCCAUCUUUCUAGUAUACAGUAGAAAAAUUAAAUUGAUACGAGUGAAACCAAAAAAAAUAAGUUCCCAAUACCCGAGUUUAUGAAUAACCACAGAAGAUAUGAGAGAAUAUUUCCAAUUUUGAGGCCUUUGUAAAAGAAAUGAGAAAUGGACAGUAAAUACCAGUAUAUACCAUAUUACCAUGAAAUUUUUUCUCCAAUAAUAUACAUGUGUUUUUCAUA